CACCAGCCUUCUGACGUCAUCCCUCAACCGGCUUCUUGCACCUUAGUAAAGCCUGAGGUCACCUCCACCUCUGGAAACCCACCAGUCCCAGAGGCCGACUUUUCUCCAAAGGGGAGAAGAGGGAAAGGCGUGCGGUGCAUAGAGCUUUGCAUGACCGUUCGCUCUCUCCUCCCCAGCCGUCCGAAAGCAGGCGAGAGUGGCCCCAGAUCCGCACACCGAGCCCUCGAUCCGCACACCCCAGGCCCGCCCCGACUUGCGGCACGCUGUGCCCCUCAGACGGCCCACCUCGGCGACCAAGGGCCACCGCCGAAACCCGCCCGCUCGCGCCCCUCCCCAGCUUGAGGCGCCCGCCCGCCCCGCCGCCCCGCCACCCCCGGCGUCGUCCCCUGGCCCUCCCCACCCUGUCCCCCGGUGGCAGGUUCAGGCCCCGGGUACUAGCCUGCGCCCCCUGAAGCUGCCACUGCCUCCCCGCCGCUAGGGGGAGUCUCCGUCGGGAAACGUAGUGUUGCUUCAUUGGUGUGAAGGUGCUUUCAAACUUGAGGUAUCUGUACCCUUCCCCCCGGUUCUGAAGAGCGUAGAAGAUGGAGACCGAUUCUGGGACGCAAACAUCAAAUCAGACGCAAACAGAUUCAUUAUCUUCAUCCCCUAAUCCUGUGUCACCUGUGCCUUUGAAUAACCCAACAAGUGCCCCAAGAUAUGGAACAGUGAUCCCUAAUCGCAUCUUUGUAGGAGGAAUUGACUUUAAGACAAAUGAAAAUGAUUUAAGAAAAUUUUUUUCCCAGUAUGGGUCUGUAAAAGAAGUGAAGAUUGUAAAUGACAGAGCUGGAGUGUCCAAAGGGUAUGGUUUCGUCACUUUUGAAACACAAGAAGAUGCACAAAAAAUUUUACAAGAGGCUGAAAAACUUAAUUAUAAGGAUAAGAAACUAAACAUUGGUCCAGCAAUAAGAAAACAACAAGUAGGGAUCCCUCGUUCCAGUAUAAUGCCAGCAGCUGGAACAAUGUAUCUAACAACUUCAACUGGAUAUCCUUAUACUUACCAUAAUGGUGUUGCUUAUUUUCAUACUCCAGAGGUAACUUCUGUCCCACCACCUUGGCCUUCACGUUCUAUAUCUAGUUCCCCUGUGAUGGUAGCUCAGCCUGUUUAUCAGCAACCUGCAUAUCACUACCAGGCCCCUACACAGUGUCUAUCAGGACAGUGGCAGUGGGGUGUUCCUCAGUCUUCUGCCUCUUCUGCUCCUUUCCUAUACCUGCAACCGUCUGAGGUUAUUUAUCAACCAGUGGAAAUUGCACAAGAUGGUGGAUGUGUUCCUCCUCCGCUGUCUCUGAUGGAAGCUUCAGUUCCAGAGCCUUAUUCUGAUCAUGGAGUUCAAGCAACAUAUCACCAAGUUUAUGCUUCAAGUGCCAUUGCUAUGCCUGCACCUGUGAUGCAGCCUGAACCAAUUAAAACAGUGUGGAGCAUUCAUUAUUAAGACAAUUGGGCAGCUCUAGUCCAGCUCAACUGAUUUCUUGUCCAAUGCUCCUUGUGUGGCCGAGAUCCAGCUUCAACGAACCGGCUAGAUGCUGCCCAUUGUGAACCUUAGGGUUAGUUACUACCUCACCAUACUUAUUUAUUCCACUAUAAACUGUCUAAAUUUGAUGAAAUUUGCUUCUUCAGCUGUUCUACAAAAUUAUUUAGGUAGAUAUGGCAUGUUGUUUUUUUAAAUGUGUUAAUCUAACUGUAGUAACAUUUUCUACAUGUUUUAUCCAUUCCAUAAAUAACCAC